AUGAACGACGACAAUCACACAAUUAACGAAUAUAUUAAAUGCAAAAUUGGAAUGCAAUCAAGUUUGAAUGAAACAAAAGCAUAUAUACGUGAAGAACUAAAGCGAAAUUCUUUGAAUAACAUCGAAGAAAAUUAUAUCGAGUAUAAAUAUGUGAAAUAUUGUUUGGAAGGAUGGUUCGAAGAAUUACCUGAGAUAUUGAAAAAAUUCAAGCAAAAUGAUAUGGAUAAUUUAAUUGAAAAUCUCGCAAAAGCAAAAACAAUGGAAGACGUAGCUUUGUUAAAUCUUAGUACAGGACAUUUUCAAUUGAUUAUUGAAAAUAAUCAUUUGCUUCUGAGAAAUGAUUGUGAUUAUAUUUUAAAUCAAGUUAAACAACAUAUUUUAAAUUAUUGUAAACAAACGAUCGAACAACAAAAUGAAUUAUUGAAUAAAACAAAAGAUGAAAUCGAAAAUUUCUUUUCGAAUUAUGAAUUUCAUAAACUUAUUAAUGAAAAUGAAUCUUUGUCCGGGAAAAAUAUUAAAGACGAACUUUCCCAUAUCUUUAUCAAUGCCGAUAGUAAAAACGACCUAUGGAUGAAGUUCUUCAACUCACAGAUAGUAUCUAGCGAUGUGUUGAAAACUAUUAUUAAAUAUAUUUCAAACAUUCGAAAUUUAUCUAAACGUGUCAAAGAGUUGAAUCAAACAAAUUUAACUGAAAGUUAUACGAAGGAAAUCAGUAAUAUGAAUUCUUAUAAUUUAGCCUCAGUAAUUGCUAAAAAAUAUAUUGAUAAAAGACAAAAUAUUCUUGUAAUAUGUGGUGUUCAUAUUGUUUUAAGCUCAAUAUCUUCAAAAUUACAUGAAAUGUUAAUCGAAUCAAAGUCAACUGAUAUUUAUUUAAUUGCAUUGGAAAAUUUAUUUCUUGAUUAUGACUUUGAAAAUGAAGCAUGGCAUGGAAAAAAUUUAGCAAUACAUGCCAAACGAAUUAUAAUCAUUGGAAAGAGAACAAUCAAUGUUUCAGGAUUACCUGGUGAACCUCAAACUCGUCCAUCAAAAGCAAAUAAUGGUGAAAUGAACGGAAAUAAGAACGGUCAACAUGGCCAAAAUGGUACAAAAGGUGAAAGUGGAGGAAAUGUAACAAUAAGAUCGGUAACAAUUGAAUAUGAAGAUAAUUUAACGAUUAAAUCGAAUGGUGGAAAUGGCAGUUAUGGACAAGAUGGUGGUGAUGGUGCAGAUGGUGAAGAUGGCAAAGAUGGUGUUAAAUUGACAUUAGACGAAUUCAAAAAAAAAUUUCCACCGACGUCGAAAUUAAUUGGAGUAGAAGCAGACGCAAACGUGGCAACAACGUACGGCCUUAUACGACGUAUGUCAACAGAAAUUUAUCGCGAUAACAUGAACCGUCAUGAUCCAUGGAUAAAAGCUUGUUAUAUUGAGGGGAAAACAAAAUUUGGAAAUCGAAUAUAUUUCUCAUUUUAUCGAUCGGACUUAAGUGGCUGCUCAAGUUACUGUUUUGUUGAAGGAAUAUGUGGAGAACCUGGCCAUCCUGGUGGUUUUGGAGGUUCAGGUGGAUAUGCAGGUGAACCUGGCUAUGCAGGAGAUGUUACAAUUCACAAUAGGUCGAGUGACGAAUCAAAGAUUAACAUAUUAGCUACUGAUGGACAGCAAGCGUGUGACGGAAAGUCAGGUCAAGAUGGAAAACCUGGUAAACCUGGUGAAAAUCAACCUGACGUUGGCUAUAUUGAUUAUCAGUUUUGGGCAGAACCUCAAUAUUUUGGACCGUCUUGGUUGAAAUUAGUACCCCAUAGAGAAGCAGCUUCUGAUAGAAUAAGAGAUGCAGAGUAUGAAAAUGAAAAAAGAUACACAGCAAUUGAAUCCAGAGACGAACCAGAGCCUCCAGCAUCUUUAACAAUUGAUAAAAAGGCGAAGCAAAAUUAUCAGAGUUCAAGAAAAUCGAGACAAAAAGCAACAAGACAAUGUGCUGUUGCAUAUGAGUUAUUAUUAGAUAUGGUUAAUGAUUAUCAAUGUCAGCUAUCAAUGAAUUCUAUUCAAAGUUUAAACAUUAAUAUCAAUCUAUUACAAGAACAAAUAUUGCACAGUCAAACGGACAAAAUACAUAUUGAAAAUGACAAUAUUGUGACUACUAACCCAUUCUUUAAUGAAAAACAUUUGAAAUUAAGACAAAAUCGAAAUAAUAUUCAAUCACAUCAAAUUGUUUCUUCGAAUCCAAUGGAAAAUUUUCAAAAUUUAUAUCAUAAACAAGACAAAGAAACACUUAAUUAUAUUCUUGAUAUGAUUAAUGAAUUAAAAUGUAAUGUCUAUGAUUAUGAGCAAAUGAAACAAAUUCAUGGCUUAAUUGAAAAUCUUCAAGUGAAAGAAUCUCAUUCUAGUGAAUAUGAGAAUUUAAAAUUUUUAGUUCUUAACAAAUUCAAAUUAUCUGUCUUGGAAAAAUUAGCUGAGUUUAUUGAUAAUAAUCUGAUGAAUAUAAUCGAUGAAUGGAUUCGAGAAGAUACCUACCCAGGAAAUAAUUCAGCAAUUCAUGCUGCUUUAGGUGUUCAAAAUGAGUUCAAUAUAUUUGAAUAUCGUCAAUGUCAAGCUCUAAGAAAUAGUUUAAAAGAAAAUCUUAAUCGAAUUGUACGUCAAAAUGUCGAAGUAUUAAAAUAUUUACAUCAAUCAAUUAAUUAUUUCAUCGAAACAACAAAUGAUAACAAAGACAAAUUUCCAAAUAUGCAAAAAUUUUUAAAAGAUCAUCGCAAUUCGAAUGAUAAUAAUGAGCUUGCAGAUAAUUUACCAUAUGAUAUCGAUGACAAUACUCUUAGUGAAUACGGUGAUUAUAUUAGUCAAAGUGAAUAUUUUUUAAAUCAAUAUGAUAUCAUACUAUUAGCUUAUGAUAACGAUAUUUGUCUAAAUAUUUACGUACAUUCUGAUGAUAAUCGAAAUCAAUAUAAUUUAAUUCAAACAUAUAAUAAAACGUCAACUAAUGUUCAACAUGUGCUCGUUCUUGGUGAUGAAUUUAUUAGAUUAUCUACAAGAAAAGUCGAAGAUAAGACUGCCAAAUAUCUUUAUUAUAAACAAGUCUUGAAUGAUAUUCAAGAAUUAAAUGAAUUUGAUAAAUUAAUUGAAUAUUCCAAUAAGAAAUCUUUUGAAUAUCAUGAACAGAAAAAUAUUAUUAUUGAUAAUGAUGCUGAUGAGAUAAUAAUUGGUGAAAUAAGUGAUUAUUUUCCUAUCGAUACAAGACAAGCUAUUCGAUUAGCUUUGACGCCCAUUUCAUCGAAAUUUCUACCAAAUUUAAACAUAUUAAAAUCAUUGAAAAAUCGACUUAAUAUUGAAAAAUCUUGUAUUACACAAGAUAUUCUAACUUUAUUGUCACUGUCAAUAAUUGAUUCACAUAAUAAUGAUGAAGAUUUGACUAUUUAUCAAUGGAUUGUCAAUGCUUAUUCUCCAAUCGAAUGGAUAAAUGAAUUAGCAAUAAUAAAAUUCGAAAGAUUAACAAAUGAAUCUUGUCAAAAAAUACCUCUAUGGAGAUCGAAAUUACGUACAAUUAAAACUAAACAAAUCAUUGAAAUAAUCAUAAUGAAAAUCGAAGAUAUGAAUGAAAAGUUCGAUUUUGACAAACUACUUUCACAAAUCGUCGAAUAUCAUUUGAUAGACAAUGAAUAUGUUGAUAUAUUACUUGAUCUACCAUUAAAUCAAUGGCCCAUACAAUUACAACAUUGGAAUUUUAUCGAAACAGUUCAUAAAUCUCUUGAUAAAUAUAAUCUCAAUAAUGAUCAAUUAUCAUCGAUAAUUUAUUAUUUACAUACAUUAAAAAAUAAAACAGAAAUUUUAGUUCAUCGUUUAUUGAAAAUUUUUCAAGAAGGUCAAUUCAAUAAUGAACAACUUCUCAUGAUUUGUUAUAAUUUUUAUUCUGGACAAUGGCAAUUUGAAGAAGAAAUGAUUAUAAAUAUUCAAAAUCAAACUUUCAUUGAUCAACAUUCAUCACAUCGUAAUAAUGAUGAACGAAUAUUCGAGAAGUUAUUCGAACUUAUCAAUCGAGAUAAAUAUACAACAAUUAAAGAACAAAUUAAUAAAUUAAAAAAUUUCUUCGAUAAACUUAGUCAGUAUAAAUUCAAUGAUAUUAAUCAACAAGAUUUACUAAGUGAAGAUAUCAAACAAUGGUUAAUUCAAUUUAAAUCUCAACCAUACGAAUAUCAAAUAGAGAAUCUACACGAACCACUAUCUAUGAUUGAAAGAGCGAUAACAAUUCUUUUUCCUGAAAUAUCAUCGCUUCGUUGUGCACAAAAACUCACAAUAGCAUCGUUUAUUUCAAGUUCAAACAAUCUUCUAGCACAAGUGGCAACAGGCGAAGGCAAAUCAUUAAUAAUUGUAUCGAUUAUGAUUAUAAAAUGUUUAUUAGGAGAACAAUGUGAUAUUAUAACAAGUUCACCUAUAUUAGCUGAGCGUGAUGCUAAUGAAUAUAAAAAGCUCUAUGAACUGUUUGAUAUAACUGUUUCACAUAAUUCAUCGGAUGAUUCGAGUCAACGAGAACAAGCAUAUCGAAGUGAUAUUGUCUACGGGGAUUUGUCGAGUUUUCAACGUGAUUAUCUCUUAGAUCGGUUUUAUAAUAAAAAUAUUCUUGGCAAUCGAUAUCAAAAUGAACGAACAAAUAUAUUCGUUGACGAAGUUGAUUCCAUGUUACUCGAUAAAGGAAACACUGUUUUAUAUUUAUCACGUCAAUUGCCAUCUCUUGAUACAUUAGAAUCAGUUUAUAUUUUUAUUUGGCAAAUGAUUAAUAAUGAUAUACUUACCGGCAAUUACUCAUCAGUGGAUGAUAUUGAAAAAGCUGUUCUACAUAAUUUAUAUCCGAUUCUAACAAAACAAGAAUUGACAAAAUUAACGAAUGAUGAACAUAUUCUUGAUGAAAUCUGGAGUGAAUUAAUCGAAAAUCAAAAUAUUGAUUAUAAUGGAAAGAUUCUUUCGUGUCAAAUUUUAUAUGAAAAUCAAAAUCUUCAACAAUAUGUCAAACAUUUGGAAUAUCUAUUAAAUGAUAUCUAUCAACAUGAUAGACAAAUUCAAAUACCAAAUUAUCUUAAAUCAUUCGUCGAAAAACAUUUAUCUGCAUGGAUUCAAAGUGCAUUUCAAGCAUUACACAUGGAAGAAGGAAGAAAUUAUAUUAUCGAUACUAAUCGAGGUCUAACACAGUUGGAUAAACAUCCAAAUAUAAUUAUUAUCGAUUGUGAAACAGGUGUUGAUCAAAUCAAUAGUCAAUGGAAUGAAUGUUUACAUCAAUUUUUACAAUUGAAACAUCAAUGUAAAACAUCAUUACUUAGUUUAAAAGCUGUUUUCAUAUCGAACAUUAGUUUUUUUAAUAUGUACGAACAUAUCUAUGGUGUAAGCGGAACAUUAGGAUCUGAAUAUGAACGAGAUUUUUUACGAAAUAUUUAUCAUGUUGAUUUUCUCACAGUUCCUGUUGCAUAUUCAAGUAAAUUUCAAGAAAAUCAAUCUAUACUUUGUAAAGAUAUAUUCGAAUGGAAAAAUGAAAUUAUUAAACAAUCAAUUAAGAUUUCUAAAACACGUUCAGUUUUAAUUAUUUGUCAAACAAUAAAAGAUGUUGAACAAUUAAGUGAAGAAUUUCAAUCCGAAAAUCAUUUCGAUUCAAAUCAAAUAUUGAUUUACAAGCGAAGUUAUGAAAAAUUUGCAUUUAAUGAACAUCGAUAUUUAGAAAUUGGACAAAUUAUUAUUGCAACGAAUUUAGCUGGACGAGGUACUGAUAUUAAAAUCAGUGAAGAAUUAAAUCAAAAUGGUGGUUUACAUGUCAUAUUAAGUUAUCUACCGGAAAACUAUCGUAUCGAACAACAGGCAUUCGGUAGAACAGCUCGUAAAGGUCAAAGCGGUUCGGCACAACUAAUAAUUGUUGAUCAAUCCAAUUUGGAAUAUUCCAAUGAGUCAUUAUUAGAAGUAGUUCAUUUAAAAAAUGAAAGAGAUUUUAAUGAAAUGCAUCGUAUUGGAGAAGUUCUUCAAUAUUAUCAGAGAACAAUUCAAUUCGAAGAAAAUCUAUUUGAACGAUACUAUCAAGCAUUUAGUAGAUUAAAAGAAAGAAUCGAUAAACAAUGGAAAAUUAAUGUCGAAAAGAAAGAUAUUGUAUUGAAUUCAUUAUUAAAUCAAUGGGCUUUUUGGUUAGAUAAUAUUAAUUUUCAAAUGAAUGCUAAACUUGAAAUCUUUCAAUCAUUAGAAAAUCUUUGUCAUCAAUUCGAACAAAUUAAUAAUUUCGAUGAAUUAAUCGAUCAACUUGUUAUUGAACCAAAUCAAUUAAUAAAAUUAAGCAAAUGUUUUAUUAAAGAUAAAAAUUACGACAAAGCAUGUCAACUUUUACAAACCGUUAUUAAUAAUGAACCAAUGUUUAGUCAUGCAGCUUAUUAUUACAAAGCGCAUUGUCUUAUUAAACAGACACAAUUAGUAAAAACCGAAGAGAAAACUGAAUUUCAUCGUUUAUUAGAUCAUGCUGAAUAUCUAUUCAACUAUCAUAUUGAUAUGUUAAUAGCACGUAAUUCAAUUUUAACUAGUCUUAAUUUAUCAAAUCAAUCAUUUGUUAACAUUGAUUCUUAUCGAAAACAAAAUGAAAAUCUUUGUAAUUUAUAUUCGUGUUUUAUUCGUUCAAUUCAUGAUAUGCGUGGCCAUCCAAUAACACCGAAUACAUUUGUAAAUAUUGAUAUCGAUGAAAAAUUAGCUAUGUCAAUUUAUAACCAAAUGCUUAUUUCUGAUGAAAAGAUUUUCAUUCGAAAACAAUUCAAUAGAAAUUUUAAUGAAAAUCAAUUGAAAAAGAUUUGUAUGGAUUAUCAAUUAAAUUACGAUGGGUUUCGAAGAUAUCUAUUAAAAAUCGAAUAUGUCGAUGAAAUGAAUUUGAAAAAAUAUCUUGAUCAUGUUCAAAUGCCAAAUCGUGAUCAGUUUUGGCAAUUAAUGAUUGAAAAACAAAUCAUUCGAAAUGUCAGAGAUGUGAUUAUUGUUAAUCGAAAUCAGAUCAAUGCAGAAACAAAUGAUAAAUUCCAAGAAUUUAUUCGUUUAAAUCAAAAUCAAUUUCAACCCAUUGAGCAAUUAUCAAACAAUCAAUCAAUUCUAUUUUUUCAUAAUAUGAAAUUUAGUACAGAAAAUAUUCAAUGUUUAGAAGGACCUCUCGAUAAACAAUAUCAAAUAUUAGAAGAACAGAAUUUUAUUCUAUUAAGUAAAAUUGCAGAAAUUAAUAUUGAUCAACUUCGGAAAGUAUCAAUAGAAAAAUUUCAAUCAAUUUCACCAAAUGAUUUCAUGCAAAUCAAAGGUUUAAAUCGAACGGAAUCGAAGGAAAUCUACGAUCAACUUGCUCAACAAAAUCUGAUCGAUCAACAAACAGGAAAACUUCGUACAAAUAAUUUGCAAACAAUACAAUUUUCGAAAUAUGAAAUUUAUAAUCAACGUAUAAUAGCAAUUCUUAAAUAUCAAUGUUUAUAUCAAAGCCAAAUUCUUGAUCUAUUAAACCAAAUUGAUUCUCAAGAAAAUUCUAUGAAUAAUUUAACAUUAUCACGUGAUUUACAUAAAAAUCUUUUAUAUGAUUUAGAAACAGCAUUCAUUAUCAAGCCAGUUUAUUAUGAUGCUAGUUGCAUUGAUGUUUCCUUAUUUGAUAGUAUUUUAACAAAAGAUUAUUCAGAAAAAUUAGAAAAAUUAAUUGAACAAAUAUGUCAUAUUGAUAAAAAGAUUGCAAAAAGUGUUGCCAAAUCAUUGGAGAGUACAAUUGGAAAAUUACAUUAUUUAUCCAAAGCAAAUGCUCAUUUGAAUGAUUUCAAAGAAAAUUUCAAUAGCAAUGAGCAAUUUGAAUAUAUUCAAGAAUUCGAUAUAUUUCGAAUCAAUGGUUUAGAUCAUCUUAUGAAUACUGAAGAGAAAAAAUGGACUUGGAAUAUGUGGUUAAGUAGUGGAACUAUACUUCUAUUUGGUUGUCUUGAAAUAAUCGGAGGCGUUUAUCUUGAAUUGUAUACAGCUGGUUUAGGUACACAUAUAGCAGCUGGCUUAAUAUCUGAAGGUUUGAAUGAUAUAAUUUAUGCAGGUUCAGCUAUGAAAAAUGGUUGUUUCAACUGGAAUGAUUAUUUCGUAAAUAAAAUACGAAGUGUAUCGAUUACAGUUGCAACAUUAGGCGUAUCAGCAGUUAUUUCGCGUGGUAUUCGAUAUUCUCGUUUUGGAUCGAAAAUUUUCGGUAAUAAUCAAUAUUUAUCUCGACUUACUGGCAAGAGUUUAUUAAAACAAGUCGGUCAGAAUAGUAUGAAAAAUGUGACAAUUAACAUUCAUAAGCAAGUUUGGUGUCGUGUUGGAAAAAAAUUAGUUGAAGGUUUAGCAUUUGGAGCAACCAAUGCGGGAAUAUCGUAUCUCUCAGAGAAAAUUUUAAAACAUCAUUGUGGUCGAAUUGUUGAUGAGUUAUUUAUUAACAUAAGACAAUCAAUCGAAAAGAAAAAACAAGAUAUGCAUCAAUUCAUCCAACAAAUUGCUCGAAUGCAUGGAUUAGAUGUGACACGAAAAUUCUUAGAAGAUAUUAGUCAAUCACAUAAUGCCAAGCUAUGGUAUCAAAAAGCAUUGGAAUAUUUCAAAAUUAUUGCUCGAAUUGUAUCCAAUGGGAUUAGUAAUGGUUUGAAGAAAAUUAAUUAUGCUAAUCCGUCGAAUAAUUCAACAACAAUAUUUACAUUAUUGACAAGUAUACUUGGUCCGAUUAUGAAAACUGCUCCAUACAUUAAAACUAUGAUUGAGAUUGAUCGUACAACAAAAAACUUUCUUGAUGAUAAAAUUGAAAUCUUAAAAGAGAGAGCUAGUAAAUGCCAAAACGAACGAGUAGAUAUCAAUGAAGAUCAUUUGAAUAAUCUUAUUAAACAGACGACUGAACAAUGGAGUCAAGAAAUAGAAAAUAUAAUUGAUACAGAUGUUCGAACAAAAUUAAUCGAACCAAUUUUAUCUGAAAGUACGAAUUAUCUAUUGAGAAGAUUAGGACAAAAUAUACAAAGACUUCAUCAACGUCGAAAAGAUGAAGCGCUUUUCAACAAAUUUCAAUUGAAUAAAAAGGCAUAUGAAAAACAACGAGAAUCUCUUGCCGAAAAUCCAGAACAACAUAUCAAUCAAAAUGAAAUUGUAAAUAGAAUAAAAAAUAAAUAUCAUCAGAAUCUAUUAAUUCUCAUGGCUAAAACAAAAAAUCCGAAAUUAAUUGCAAGUAUCAUUGCUGAAGGUGGUCCAAUGGAUAUGAUUUGUAUUCAAGCAAUGGCACAUAUCUAUGGCAAACCGAUUCGAAUAAAUAAUGUUAAUGGUCAAAACUGUCCGAAUUUUAUUUUUCCACAAGGAAAAACUAUCGACGAUAUUCAUAAUGAAAAUAGUAUUUCGAUUGAUUUUAUACCUGGUGAUGGAGAAAAUACAUUCGGUCAUUUUAUUGCAUCAGGACAAACAAAUGAAAAUCAAAUUGAUCAAAACGAUAACAAUUGUUUGAUACAUGCUAUUACAAAAGCAGCAGAAACUAAUCAAGAUUCUAUUGAUAUAAAUAGUAUUCGAUUAAAGGUUGUUCAAACUAUUGAAAAGGAUAUUUACAUACGAAAUAUGAUUGAAAAUGGUUAUCAUCGUUAUUACAUAUCACAAAGUGUUUUUGGUGGAAAUGGUAACAAAAGCAAUCAGAAAUUUAUGAUGAGUAAUAUACAGAAAAAAUUAAGUAAUUAUCAUAUAACAUUAUCACCAAAUCACAAUUUAGGCGAUCAACCUACUCAUGUAUUAAAUGAUUUUGCAGAAAAAAUUGAUCUCUUGCAAAAUCUUAUUAAGAAAAAUAAUUUGCAACAUAAAUUAAAUGAAACAUUGUCGAGUGACUUUGAACCAUCAUCUAACUCUAUACCAGCACUUCAACGUAUGCAUGCACUCAAAAAAGAACUCGAAGGAAUUUUUACAAUUGAUGUUCCCUAUCAAAAAAAGCCGAACAUUCGUUCGCGUGAAUAUAUGAGUGCAGGCGUAUCACGAUAUAUAUUCGAAUGGGAUAACACGAAAAAAAACAUGAAAAUUUCUUUCAAAGGAAUAGGUGAUACACAUACUGGUUCGUAUAACAAAUGGGAAAAUAUUAUCAAGAAUGGUGAUUCGAAGAAUUAUAUUCAAGUAAAAACACGGAACGGUGUUUUUUAUGGCAUAAGAAAAGUGAUGAUUAGUAACGAAGAAAGAAAUUUUAAGCGUGAACGUUGA